AUGGAAAACACCAACGUUACCAUGAUCAGUGACUUGACACUUGCACAAGAUGACUACACGAUCAAGGUUCGAAUCAUUCGUCUGUGGAAACAGAUUCGUAUGAUUGGAAUGAUAUUGAUGGACGAAAGGGGCGCCAAAAUUGAAUGUAAUGUGGAUAAACCAUUUUCAUACCUACAAGGAAAUAAUUUGGAAGAAUACGGUGAUUACUACAUUCAAAAACCCACAAUAGGGUUAAAUAAUGGUGUUAUAAAGUUUGUUGAUGGUCCACAUAAACUCUAUUUCCAGUAUAGCACUAAGGUUAUUAAAUGCAAAGACUUUUGUGGCCCCCGGAAUUCCUUUGCUUUCAUUGAUUUCAAACAACUUCAUUCUAAUUCGAUCCAAGCCAAUUUGUCAUUUGAUAUUAUAGGAAACGUUUUCCAAUGUUUUCCAUUGGAACCUCCAAAAGACAAACAGGAGCAGAAAAUCACACUAAAAAUGGAGGAUUUAGAAGGACAUGAAGUUUUUGUUACUCUAUGGGGACGUUAUGCAGAUGAAAUUGUUGCAUAUGUUUCAAAGCAUCAUGGUCAUUUUGUAAUGAUUAUUCAACUUGCUAAAUUCAAGAAAAUCCGAGAGCGUCCAUAUGUCAACAACACCUACUUAGCUACAAAGCUUUUUAUUGAGGACAACAUUGUCGAGAUAACUGCUUUCAAAAAAAGUUUACAAGCAAGAAAAACCUCUUCGUGUUCUUCGGUCUCACGUGCAUCGGGAUCAUCAAUCAUGUAUUCACUACAUGAUGAUUUUCUUCAAAAGAACUCCUUUUACAAAAUAUCGACUAUUCACGAAUUGAAUGAGGGAAAUUGUGCGGUAAUUCUUGGAACAAUAAAGAUGUUUGAAGAUAUGCGGACUUGGUACUAUAAUGCGUGUACAAAAUGCAAGUCAAAGGUUAUUUUAAUGGAUGUUCCAAAUGAGGCGGUCAAUGACUUGGACCGCUUUGAAGAGAAAAAGAUGAUGUUUUGUCCAAAAAAAGAUUGCAAAGGCAAAGAUGUUAUUGCUGAACCAAGUUACAUGAUCAAAGUUCGAGUUCAAGGUUUAGUUGGAGUGGUCAGUCUUACAAUGUUUGAUCGUGAAGUAAGAAACCUUCUGAAAAUAUCUGCUGCUGAAUUAAUAUCAAAAUAUGAAAGGUUCGACAACCCAAGUGACUUUCCAAAUGAGUUGAACGCCAUGCUCAAUAAAAAAUUGGCUUUUAAGAUCGUUGUCAAGACUUUGAAUUCCUCAAAAUUUGGUCGUUAUUACAACAUUUCCAAGAUAACAGAUAAUUUCGACAUUAUUGUUGCUUUGGAAAACAUUGAGAAAAAGAAUAUCAUUGAACAGGAUAUGGAUAAUGAUUCUGUUAAUGCAGUUGGCUCAGAAUUUGCAUCUCAAGACACAGUGGGUUGUAAGGAUGUUAAUUCCCACACUGAUGAUAAUACUCCUGUGUCAAAUAUUCCAUCUGGUAAUAGUACAAGUCCAUCAUCAGUAACCGCCACCAACAACCUCAAUUCUCCACCUACAAGUGUCAAACGUAAACUCGUAGAUAUUUAUGAUCUUGAUGAUGAUGUUUAUGAAUCUGCAACAAAACCUAAUGCAUCCCGUGUUGACAAUGACAAAGCUGGAAUAACAACCAAAUUGUUGAUUCCUAAGGUGGAAAAAUGA